AUGACCUCCCAUGACCUGCAGGACUGGUCCCCAAGCCGUAACCGGGACCGGGACCACCGCAACGACCGGGAUGACCAGGACGACCGGGACGAUCGGCGCCGGCCCCGCGACAGCCGUCCGGAGCCCGAAGGGCCCCCAGCACAGCGGCGGCGGACCUCCAGCGCGGAGCGGGCACCAGAGCCGAGCUCGAAGGAAGAGUGGAUUCGGGCGCAGGACCGUCUCUUUGGUCAUCUGAAGCCGUUGCCCAACAACUGGAUUCGGAUCACGUCCAAGAGCAGCGGGAACAUCUACUUCUACAACACCAAGACUGGCGAGUCCACCUUCGAAGAGCCCAGUGGCUCCUAG